AUGUUCGUCCUAUCGUCAGCCAAUUUGAUGCUGCACGGAUGGCACAUGCUCCGUUCCAUCAAAAUGCAUGAGGCCUACGGCGACAAAAGUCUUGCUGCUGCACAGCUGGCAGAAAAGGACAACAAUCUUCAAAAGUGGCGUGAAGAAAGAGAUAAAUUAGUAGAAGCUUUGGAAAUACAGCUCAAGACUUUGGUUUCUAACACCACACAAAAAGAUAAGGAAAUAGCAGAACUGAAACAGGCUGCACUAAAGGAUUUGGGAAAGGAUAAGGAACCUGAUAUAGAAGAACUAAGGAAACAGCUGGCUGAGAAAGAUGAAUUUAUAAAGGAACUGAAACAGCAGGUUAACCAUAAAAGUCUUCUGUCUAUGGCAGAAGUACCUUUACCUGAAGAAGGACAAGAUGAAAUAGAUCAGACUGUAAACAAAGAGGACCAUUCUGAAAUUGUGCUUGACUUGUCUGAAGUGUCUACAGAAAAUGGAAAAACUAGUCGGUUCCCAAAACCAGAGAUGAAAAUCCAGCUCACACCUCCUUUGCAACCCAGUAAGAUGGAGGUGAAGCAGCAGGGUAGCACCAUACCAGUUACAGUUAAAAUGCUCAAGCCAAGAAAUAAAAGUGAAGAGAUGGAUGAGGUAUGACCUAGACCAACUGAC